AUGGUGACGGCGCUGUUCCAUAAGCCUCACGAUCGCCAGUUUAUUAUCGAUCUGGAGAACUCGAUAGUAUCGUUUAUUGAGUCUAACGCAGAGUCCUACGAAUUGAGGCCGAUGAAUUCGUAUUACCGAUUACUAUCGCAUCAGAUUGCAGAUUACCAUAAUCUGAAACAUACUCUGGCUCGGGCUCCCAGUAAUUAUGUGAUCAUCUUUAAAGGUGCCGGCUUCCAACGACUCAGCGGUAAACCGCUCUUGCAAGAAUUGGAACCAGUCUCUAGCACAUUUGAAAGUCUGCAACAUUCGCAAGAGGCGAAAAGCUCAAAGAAGUACAAAAUACUGAAAAGAAUCGAAGGCCAAGAUGGCAGCACAAGUCCAAGUUUGGCUGACAGUGAGAUAUCUAGUACCGGGCCUUCAAGCGAUUUUGACGGCUCCAAGGCCGAUCUAGAGCUGCAGAGGAUCGAGAGAGAAAGGCAGUAUGAGCAAAAAAAGCAGGAGAUCUUUGAUACGCCACAUAGAGAGGAAGUGUCACCGGACAAGGAUGAAGAGGGAAGUUCACCACAGCCCAGUCAAUUUGAGACGUCGCGCUACCGAUUUCAUAACAUCGACAGCCCGCCACCGCCUCAACCACGAUACAAUAACAGGCGGAAGAAGGCCAAUCAUUAUAAUGGGAAUAAGGAUAGACGAAAUAUCAACGACAGCAAGUUCAGUCACAAGGAGUAUCGUGGCGCUCCCGGGGUGCCAUACAACAUGGGCUACAUGAUGUAUCCGACGGCAACGAUGGGUUCUGGUCAGGGACAUCACCCGCUGCUCCCAAUGCUUUAUCCAGCACCAUUUCCAAUGGAUGGCAACAACGGGUAUGUCCCUCCGUUCAUGUAUCAACCUGUAACAAACGGCAUGGUGGGUCCCAAGGGACCAAUGCCUGCCAGUUAUAUGGCAUUCCCACCGCCGUUCCACUAUAGUCAACACGCGCCAAACUACCAAACCAUGCCUCCGGAAGUGCAGAAUCGCAAAUACUCGCAGGUGAGCUCAGAGGAACCGGGUUCCAGCUCCACAAGCUCCAGCAAUCCCGACAUACAGUCGCGAACCGGAAAGCAGAAGGCAGAUCACAACAGCAUACGAGCAGAGAACGGGGUGAUAGAUUCAGCUAUAGACGAGGCAGCGAAUGGCAUUGGAAAUCUUUCUGUUUGA